AUGCUCAAGGGGUUAAGCGGAGAGAGCGCUCGUUCCUAGAGAGGAUCAGAUAAAGAUGUGAGAUCUGGAAGUGCAAAAAACAACAACAAUAGAGCCUCCUUCCUGUCCCGCCCCGCCCCCCUUUUCUGGAUGUUGGAAUUUGACACAAUCUGGCAGAAAUUUGGGAUUUGCCGAAGAGGUUGCAAUGCAAAGGUUGCGAGGAGCGGGUGAGUUAAAGGUUUUCCUCUUCGCAAACCCAACAUGAUCUCUCGACUUGACCAUGGAGAAGAUCUUUCAGCCAAGAAGGAAAGAGAGACGCUAUUGGAUAGUGGAAUUGAGUUUCCUGAUGUGAUAAUAAAGGUGGAACAAGAAGAGGAACUGUGGCUGUCGGAGAAAUCAGAAGAAGCAGCAAAUCUGUUGAAUCCAUCUCUCCAGGAAAAAGAAAGUGUACCCUCAGGAUUUCCUGCUGUGGUAAUAAAGAAGGAAGAAGAUGAAGGUCUGUGGGUACUGUGUCACCAGGGCUCUGAGGAAAAUGAAACUGCCCACUCGGAAGAGGGCCACAACAAAAGCUAUGCAGAAGAGAAGGAGAAUAAAUGCUCAGAGUGUGGGAAAAGCUUCACACAGAGAUCUAGCCUUAUCAGACAUGAGAAAACGCACACUGGAGAGAAGCCAUACGAAUGCUUGGAGUGCGGGAGAAGCUUCAGUCAGAGGUCUAUCCUGACCCGACAUGAGAGAACUCAUACAGGGGAGAAACCGUACACAUGCUCGGAGUGUGGGAAGAAUUUCCGCCACAAGUCGGCGCUUCUCAGGCAUGAGAAGAUGGAAGCCGGGGAGAGGCCGUACGAAUGCUCCCACUGUGGAAAGGGCUUCAUUCAGAGGUCAAACUUCCUCAUCCACGAGAGAAUCCAUACUGGUGAGAAACCGUACCUGUGCUCGGACUGUGGGAAAAGCUUUGUUCAAAGGUGGCACCUUCUUGUCCAUGAGAUGACGCAUAAGCCAGAGGAGUCCUAUCAGUGCACGAAGUGCGGGAAGAGAUUUAAUCACAGCUUAAACCUUGUUGUUCAUGAAAAGAGCCAUGUGGGAGAGAAAAUGUAUCCAUGUUCUGACUGUGGGAAAAGCUUCACACAGAGAUCUAGCCUUGUCAGGCACAAGAAAACCCACACUGGGGAGAAGCCACACAAAUGCUCAGAGUGUGGGAGAAGCUUCAGUCAGAGGUCUAUUCUGACCCGACAUGAGAGAACUCAUACGGGAGAGAAACCAUACAAAUGUUCGGAGUGUGGGAAGAAUUUCCGCCACAAAUCAGCACUUCUCAGGCAUGAGAAGAUGGAAGCCGGGGAGAGGCCAUAUAAGUGCUCCCACUGUGGAAAGGGCUUUAUUCAGAGGUCCAACUUUCUCAUACAUGAGAGAACCCAUACUGGUGAGAAACCAUAUAAAUGCUCAGAGUGUGGGAAAAACUUUGUUCAGAGGUCGCACCUUCAUGUCCACGAGAUGACGCAUAAGCCAGAGGAGCCCUAUCAGUGUUCAAAGUGUGGGAAGAGGUUCAACCACAGCUUAAGCCUUGUUAUCCAUGAAAGAAGCCACACGGGUGAGAAACCAUAUCAGUGCUCCAGCUGUGGGAAAAGCUUCAUUGACAAAUCGAGCCUUAUCAGGCACGAGAGGGCACAUAGAGGAGAGAAGCCAUAUACAUGCUCCGACUGUGGGAAACACUUCAGUUAUAGGUCAGCCCUCAUCAGACACAAGAAAACCCAAGCAGGAGGGAAGCCAUAUUGGUUCUCAGCCUGUGGGAAAAGCAUCAUUUGCAAAUUGAAGCAUCUCGCACAUGAGAGAACUCAUAAUGGAGAGAACCUAUAUAAGUGCUCCUACUGUGGAAGAGCCUAUAACCUGAAGUACAAGCUUCUCAUCCAUGAGCGAACUCACACAAGAAAGAAACCGUAUCAGUGUUCAGAGUGUGGGAAAAGCUUCAGCCAGAGAUCCAACUUCAUUGUGCACCAACGGACCCACACGGGAGAAAAACCACAUAAGUGCUCUGACUGUGGGAGGCCCUUCAACGAUGGGCGAAACCUCAUGAAGCACAAGAAGACGCACACAGGAGAAAAACCCUACAAAUGCUGCAUCUGCGGGAAAAGCUUCACUAACAAAUCGAGCCUUGUCGUCCACAAGAGGACCCACACGGGAGAGAAACCGUACAAAUGCUCAGAUUGCGGGAAAGGCUUCACCAGCAAAUCGAGCCUGAUUAAACAUGAAAGAACCCACACGGGGGAGAAGCCCCAUACAUGCUCAGAUUGUGGGAAAAGCUUCAUUCAAAGGUCAAACCUCCUCAGGCACAAGAGGACCCACAAAGGAGAGAAAACGGAUCAGUUCUCAGAUGGCGGGGAAAGUUCCAGGUGCAACUUGACUUUGAUUAGAUGCAUGGGAGCCCACAUAGAAGAGAAACCAUAUAAAUGUGCAGAAUGUGGGAAAAGCUUCAGUGAAAGACGAAACCUCAUAGUGCAUGAGAGGACCCACACGGGGGAGAGACCAUAUAAAUGUACGCACUGUGGGAAAACAUUCACCAACAAAACGACGCUCAUGGUCCACAAGAGGACACACACAGGGGAGAAACCGUAUAAAUGCUCAGACUGUGGGAAAAGCUUCCCUUACAAAUCAAGCCUGAUUAAGCACGAGAGGACCCAUACUGGAGAGAAGCCAUACAAAUGUGCAAGUUGUGGGAAAGGAUUCAACCAAAGUGCCAAUUUGCUUGCGCACGAGAGAACCCACACGGGAGAGAAGCCAUUUAAAUGCUCAGACUGUGGGAAAAGUUUCAGUGACAGAUCAAAUCUUAUUAGACACCAGAAGAGUCAUAGUGGAGAGCAACUCUAGCAAGGCUCAUGCUCUGGUAUCUCUGAUAGAGCCUUUUCUGGACUAUACAAUUAUAGACCGCUGGUGGGGUGGUGUUGACCUAUUUGAAUGCUCCCAAAUUUGUGUGUGGAGGAACCUCCCUGUACAUAGAAAAUCAGCACAUCAAGAAAAUAUUCUCUGACAUGCUAUUUUUCUAUCUGCAGGGAAUUUCAGAUACGGAAGAACUCUCCCCCCUCCCAGGAGCCUGUAGCAGUUCAGUCCAGAAAUCUUUUUUUACUGUUGAUUAACUAGUGUUAAUCCACUAGAUUGGUGGAUCUUUAGUUCCCCAUCUCCCAGGCAUCAUUCGUGAGUUCUAAGUUGUUAAUGCGUACAUUCUGUUACCUUCUGACUUUUUGCUUUUCCUGUAUAGCUUCCUGAAAGUAUUUCUGAAUGAAAUUUUUUAACUCUAUUAGUAGUGUAAAGUUCCCACCGGGGAAUUAACUGUAUGAAUAACAGAGAAAGUGCACAGGCAAAGAAAACUUGAUUUGGCUAUCUAUAUAAAUUGGUGUGGAACAGGUUUAUCGUAGGGUGAUAUAAAUUGGUGUCAGAUGAUAGAACAGGAAAAAGGGGAAAGCUAUUGUAUAACUCCAUUCUUGCAGAUCUGAAAUUAGGUAUUUUCUGGGAAAAUCCUGCUCCAACAAUUGCCGAUCUUUUGCCAUCUAGAAACCUACACAUAGUUUGGAUUCCCCUGCCCAGUGGUGCCACCGCUGCUGAACCACCUGAAGAUAAAGCAACUGGGAGAGGCAUAUGCCCUUCAAGUCGUAACAGGGUUGUUGCAUCAAAUAGCCACUUCCAGAUGUUGGGAUGGUGAUUCCCCGGGGUCUGUAGCUUGGAUCCUGCAUGUGAGGAUGCAGCAGACUGUUUUGCAGUACCCUACUAGAUGUAUCCUUUGUUCAUUGGUGUAGAAUCCUGCAGAUCUGCUCCGAAGCAGAUCCACCUUUAAAAUCCUCAUGGCUGAAGAACAUCCAUUGAGGGGAUCAAGGGAGUGAAUUGAUAAAAUUCUCUUUCAAAUAUUUGAUGAAAGUUUUCUUUUGUUUUUUAAUCAGGAGUCUCCAUUUGGAGCUUUCCUUUGAUAUUAAAGGAUAAAGAAUAGCAUUGUUAAAAAUCUGGGUUUAAACUUAAUUUAACAGUAAGGGAUUGUGUUUAUGCCACAAUUCCUGGGGAGAACAAUAAAAGUACAGAAUGCGAUGCUGGGCCCAGCCAUCAGUUUUCAUAUUUUGGGUGUUGCCCAGUUUAUGUUAAGCCGUUGUUAUUCUCUGCCUUAUAUUUUAUUGUUUUAUUGUUACUGGAAGCUGCCCAGACAACUUUGCUUUUGGGCGGCAUAUAAAUAUUACUGUUUAAAUAAACUUUUUUAAAAAUAGAAAAAUUAAA